AUGACCGACCUGGAGAUCCCCGAGACCGGGCUAUCUCUCCGCCCCGGAGAUCAGCCGGGUGACGCAGCCGCCAAACCGGCUCAGUUUAUGCGGCUGAAUCUCGCGCAAAACACCCUCGACGAACUCAUUUCAAGCCUCCGAUCAGACGAUUCUACUGCCAAAGUUCGCCUAGGAAAACACCCUACCCUCCAUUUUGGCAACAAGACCCAAUCCUUCCACGCAUACCCCGAAACACACCGGUCCGAGAUCUACCACACCUCCUAUGACAAGCAGAAUCUCUACUUCACCGGUGUCAUGAGCCAUAGCCUGGAAGUGGAAAAGGCUAGGGAAGCUACAGCUGCCACCGACCAGGCCCUGGCGAACUUGGAGGAAAGCCUCAAUGCAUUCGAGCGAGGCAAGGCUUCCAAGUCAACACACAUGAUUCAAACCCCGGAGGAAUUGAAGGCUCUGCGAGCGACGAACUCGAUGAACGCUAUGCACCGUACCUCGAAGACUAAGUCAGUCUUGGAAAAGGAUCGAUUACUCCGAAAUGCCAACAAUCGGUCCCUGACCUCGAGCCCAACCUUGGGAGCCCCCAGAUCUCCUCUCCCUGGGAUGACCCCGACCUCUGCGCCCUCCACCCAGGCCAAGGACAGCGCUCGCCUGCAAGCUCUCAAGACCCCGUUCAUCCACCUCCUCGCCAUCCGCCCCGUAUCGGCCAAGUUCCUCGCUCGCCAGACCCGAUCGACCAUUGAGGAUUGCACCGCCCUCGUCCAGAAAUACGGCACUGAGAAUCGCAUUGACCGUGAAAAGUACGAUUUGAAGGACAAAUUCUACAAGGACCUGGAUGUGUGGAAAUUCCCUUACCCGACUCAGGAUGACCGCCAGGCGGCCAUUGACAAGGCGAUCUCUGCCUUUGAUCGCAUGCGUCUUUCUCGAACGGACAAGCUGUGGCAGAGUUUGCUGCCAAAGGAGGAACGGGGCAAGGGAAAGUGUCUGUCGAAACUCAACCUCCAGAGCGGGCUGGCGGGUAAGAAGCCGGCCACGCCACGGAUGACCAUGGACGGUGCCGACGAUCGGAAGGAUGGGGACACCACUGGCAACGAGACGGAUCGCCCGAAGGGUACUCCUGCUGCGGCCCCCAAGAAGUCGAGUACCCCUGCGGCAAAGGCACGAGUGGAAAAGGAAGCCGCCAAGCGUCCUGCAAAGAACAAGAAUACCAACAGUACUUUGACCGGUCGAAUCACCAAGAAGACCGGCGGAAGACCCCCAGCAAAGGCUGCCACCGAGACCAAGUACAAGUCUGCCGAGUUCGUUCACGAUUCCGAUGAGUCUGACGACGAAUUGCCCGAUGCCUCACCACCUCCUGCACCUGCACGAGCUCCAUCCCCAGCUCCAGCCGAACGCCCCAAGCCAGUCAAGGCGACUGCAGCCAAGAAGACCACGCAGCCCCCAGCCAAGAAGACGACACAGGUUCUGACCAAGCCUCGCCUCAAGGAGGAUACACCUGCGGCGCCUACACCCAAGGUCCUCAAGGCCGAAGCACCCACUCCCAAGCUCGAAGCUACCAAGGCAGCGGCCAAGCGACCUCCCUCCGUCCGACUCUCCACCUCCCCUCAGAAGCCUUCUCCUCUUUCCUCUCCCCCCGCCAGUGCCUCCGAUGCGACCGGUCGCAGCCGCUCCGACAGCAACAACCACUCUUCCAGUUCCUCGUCAUCCUCCCCACUUAUCUCCCAGCUUGGCCGAGCUAAGGCUACGGGAGCAGUUUCUAGCCUUUUGAGCUCCACGCGACCGGCCAAUGGCGCCAGCAAGGGAGGACCCGCUUCCGUCAAUCCCUUGAAGCGCAAGGCGGAACCCGAGCGACCGGCAGCCGCAACCCCCCCUGGGAGCUCGUGCGACGCCUAG